GGUUUGCUCGUCGCCUGGACACAGUGUCCAAUAGCCUGGAGGCAUUUUACGACCACGUGGUAUUGCAUCAUCCAAUCGUAGCGCGACUUCCGGUACGGCGAAGGCACACGUGGUUAGGAUGGCUCCUGCUCGGUGUUGUGUUCCCGGGGAGCGGCUGUGCAGCUUGGAGGACUGUGCGCCGGGCUACGGGACUUACUGCAAACACGGCUACGUCUUCUCCUCGCUGUCUGGAUACGUCGUGAAGAAGACCAACAAUGGUUUGAUGCCGGUGAUCUCUGUAGUGAGGGACACGGACUCUCAUCUUCUGCCUGACGUGGGCUCUGUGGUGACCUGUAAGGUGAUGAGUAUUAACCCAAGAUUUGCUAAAGUCCAGAUCAUGUACAUCGGUGCGGCUGCCCUCAAAAACACGUUCAGAGGCACAAUCAGAAAAGAAGAUAUCCGUGCAACAGAGAAAGAUAAGGUUGAAGUUUACAAAAGCUUUCGACCAGGAGAUAUAGUGGUAGCAAAAGUUAUAUCUUUAGGAGACGCCCAGUCCAAUUAUCUGUUGACAACGGCAGAGAAUGAAUUGGGAGUUGUGGUUGCACAUAGUGAAGCAGGGGCAACCAUGGUGCCCAUCAGCUGGUGUGAGAUGCAGUGUCCGAAGACUCACAUGAAGGAACCGCGGAAGGUGGCCCGAGUGCAGCCGGAGUUCCUACAGACUUAAUAAAUCUGUACCUCUUUCUGAGAGGACGGUCACAGUAUAUUCACCACCGUGUGGUUCCAUCUGAGAAGUAAAUCUCACGUGUCCUCCUACCCGUGGACAUAACACUUGUCUGUUUACAUGCCUUCCAAGACCGAUGGUUCCGAUCGAUAGUUUCACGACGCUCUGCCCGCUCCUGUGCAUUCUCCUUUUUUUUUUGUUGGAGCAGGAGAGCGUCCUCUGCAAUGCAUUUGAUUUUCUAUGGAAGCCAUGCUUUAUAACUUUAUUUUAUAUACAGUAAACAGUUUUAUGCCUUUUG